CAAUAUAAGAGGAACAAAAAACGCUUCCGAUUCGAAAGAAAACUAAACCCUCAAAUCGCUAAUCAUCGAUGGCGGCCAAGAGAUUCGGUGGAGCCGGUAAAUCUGGCGGCGGAGAUUCGAACAUCUUGGCGAAGAUCUCCAAUUCCGAGAUCGUCUCUCAAGGAAGACGCGUCGCCGGAGAUGCGGUCGGAGUGUCGAAGAAAUUGCUGCGGAGCACGGGAAAAGCGGCGUGGAUCGCUGGUACGACUUUUCUGAUCCUGGUCGUGCCGUUGAUCAUCGAGAUGGAUCGCGAAGCGCAGCUCAACGAAAUAGAUCUUCAGCAGGCUAGCCUCCUCGGAGCCCCGGCGCAAAGGGGAUUCUAGAAAACCCUGUGAACGAUGUUGAGCUGUUAGGGGUUUUUUCUCUGUUUUAUUUAUCAGUUUUCUGUUAUGGUUUUGUCGGAUUCAAUUCGAUCGUCGAUUCUCAUAAAGUUCAAAGCUUUGUCUUGAUUAUCAUCUUCAGAAGCUAAACAUAUGAUCUUUUAGAAUUUGAAGCUGAAGCUUUUAUGUUAUCAGGCAUGUUUUAUAUAUCA